GGACAACUAAUAUCAUUGAAUAUCAAUAUUAAUGUCACUGAGUUAUGUGAAAGAGAGUAUCCCAUUAGUAUAACUGUUAAUAUACUGAAUAUUAAUAAUAAGGUACAAGACAGUACCAGUAUACCAACACAAGUUAAUGAUCAACUGAUGAUUACUGGAGUAAUAACUGUACCUAAUAAUUUAAAUACAUUUAUUGUUAAUGUAUCAUUCAGUAACCUUGGAGGAGUAUAUCUAUCUACACCUUCUUUUGGAUUUGGUUUUCUUGGUCCAGUUACUAACAUUGACUCUUCAAUUGACAACUGUUCUACUAUUGAUAUAACAUGGACUGCUCCUACAGUUGAUCCUAGAGUAUCUAUACUGUAUUAUAAUCUCAGUAUAUAUGAUAAUGUUACUGGUCAGUUCUUGAGGAGUGUAUCAGUAUAUGAUACCAGUUACCAGUUUCCAGAUGAGGAAUUAUUCCGGCAUCGUUAUACAUAUGUUAUAACUGGAGUUAAUGAAUUAGGAGAAGGAAUAUCUAAUAAUGGUACAUUCUCAUAUCAAAGAGUACCAAGAUCAGUUGAAGAAGGUGCUUCAGAUAUACUCAUGAUAACAUUUAAUGAGACCAGUGCUGCUGUUUAUUAUAAUAUAACAAUUACAUUGGAGUGUACUGGUGAAUCUCCUAAGAAUGUUACAGUUACUAUAGAGUGUAAUGGAACUGGUGUUUUAUAUAAUGAUGCUACACUAGUGGAAUAUGCUAAACGACCAAUGGAUAUAACAGGAUCAGUACCAGUACCAUUAUAUCAACAGUGUAAUAUCAGUAUUGUAUUUAGUAAUGAGGCUGGUAGUAGUGAACCAUUUAUACUAGCAUUUGACACUACUCCUAUAAUCAAUACACCAUCACCUACCGGUACUUCAUCUCCUGAUUUAAUAUUUGCACUAGUAAUUAUUGGAGCUACUGUUGGUGGUAUUGCUGUACUACUGAUAAUAAUAUUAGUGAUGAUUAUAUGCUAUAGGAGAAAAGGAAGGGCUGGAGCUACUGGAGGAGAUAGUACUACUCCACCACCUGAGAAAGCUGAUACUACUGGAAAAGGUAGUGCCUGUGAUGAAACUGAUGAAAAGGAAACGAAGGAAGAUACUUAUGAAAAGAAAAUGAAGGAAGAUACUUAUGAAAAGAAAAUGAAGGAAGAAAGUGUCUUGUAAUUAAUUUUUUGACAGUCCUCGUCCAGACUAUUUACUAAUCUGUCAUUCUAAAAUAUUCUUAUGUUUUAUAGGUAGUAGCUAGUUUAAUGAUUUUUGUAUAAAAUCCAUGAGUUCAACAGAAUCAAUCAGCUAUAAAUCUA